AUGCCAAGGGUGUCGGUGUGUCUGGUGACUGUGGCUGCCGGCAAGGGCCACCACCACCUGCUGCGUUGCUUACUGCAGGCGGGGCUGAAUAUAGAGGGUGGAGGCACCAUCGACAGGACACCGCUGAUGGAGGCUGCCGGGAAGGGCCACAACCAGACAGUGAAGGCACUGCUGACCCUCGGUGCGAACCCUCUGGCGACGGAUAGUAAAGGUGAGGCUGUGCUGUCACGCCCGGUGCACGCCGCCAGUCACCGUGGCCACGUGGAGGUACUGGAGCAGCUGGCGGGUGCUGGCUGGCCCCUCACCGCUAGGGACAGUGAUGGCGACACACCCCUGCACCAUGCUGCGGCGGGCGGCAGUGUGACAUGUCAGGAAUGGCUGGAGCAGCGAGGUGGUGACCCGCGCGUGCAAAACAAGGCAGGACACACACCCAGGGACAAGUUGGUAGAAGAACUUCGGACAGCUCUUGAAGGUCCCAUCAACGAAGAUCUCUUCAGCAUUGUUCGCCAGAAAUGCAAGAUUAGUAAUACAUGA